GUUCCUGCCAAACCCGCACAUAGCACACGUCCUGUUACGACUCUUGCUUUGAAGCCACAGGCUUUCCAGCUGCCCAUACCUGCUAUGCAUCAACCCAGGCAUCAACCUAACUUUUUGUCGACGACGUUGCUGACUGGACGGUGCCACGGCAACACAGAUAUGUUACCUCAUGUAGGUUCAGAAGGAGCAGCAAGAAAACGCGCACCGGCACCUGAUGCUGGGCGACGCGCCAGUCUUGCCAGCGGGGCGAACGCUACAACGCAGAGCUGAUGACACAUUUAGCAUGAUGGCUUGGGAGCUAUUGCGAGGAAGGGACCAGCCCCGAGGGACCGCGAGGGCCUUAUCACGAAAUGGAUUGGACAUAUGGGCAACAUGCCGCGGAUCAGUCACCGCCUGCUGGAGCUGGAGCUGGAGCUGGAGCUGCUGGGACCGGCGAGCGAGUCCCGGCCGAAAGUGUGCCCGCAGGUCUCGGCUCAUCUCCAAUUCGCACCGUUUUAUUGCCACGCCGCACACACGCUUCGACAUUCGACCAUUCGAAAACUCGAACUCCACACCACCAUAACCAGACUCGUGAGCUGCGCCCACACCAGGCAACAGCAAGCAGGCAGGCAGGUCCUGAGUUCAGCCCCGGCGGUAUGCUUCUGCUGCGGCAUCAUCAGGCGCUAUCGCAGCAGCGGCGGGCCGCUUGCAGCUUCGCGGCCGGCAGAAGCAGCAGCAGCAGCAGCAGCAGCAGCAGCAGCAGCAGCAAACGUGCCUCCGCACCGGCGGGCAGCCCUGCGCGGUGGCUCGCCGCGGCCUGCUGCUGCAGCGCCUGCAGCAGCAGCCUCGCGACCAGCAGCAGCAGCCGCGCGGUGCUGCUGCUGACGCGGCUGCUAAGGACUACUGCUGGCGCGAAUGCUAUCAGCAGCGUGAUGAGGGCCGUGUCGGCGGCGCCGACUGCUGCUGCAGCUGCUGCUGCGGUGGCCGCCACCGCCCUGCCGCCGACCCACCGCCGCGGCAAUGCCUGCUGGCUGGCCCAGAUGACGACCGCUGCUGGCAACAGCAGCCCUGCCGCCGCCGGCGGUGUAUUCGGCAGCAGCAGGGCCAGCAGCAGCAUCAGUACCAGGCGGUCCUUCAGCAGCGCGCCCACACGCACGGAGAAGGACACGAUGGGCUCGGUGGAGGUGCCUGCUAACAAGUACUGGGGCGCGCAGACCCAGCGCUCGCUGCUGAACUUCCGCAUCGGCGUGAGUGUGGGAGGCGGCGGAAUUGGCGGCGCGGCGGCGGCGGCGGUGGCGGCAACAGCAGGAGGCCCAGUGGCGGCGUCGGAGCGCAUGCCGGAGCCGCUGAUACGAGCACUGGGGCUGGUCAAACGUGCGACUGCAGAGGUGAACACCGCUGCGGGGCUGCUGCCGCGCCAUGUAGGUCAAGCGGUCAUGGCUGCGGCCAGCGAGGUGGCGGAGGGCCGCCUGUCAGAGCACUUCCCGCUGGUCAUCUGGCAGACCGGCAGCGGCACGCAGACCAACAUGAAUGCCAACGAGGUCAUUGCGCGCAGGGCAAAUGAGCUCCUGGGAUUGAGCACACCGCCGCCGCCGGCGGAGGCCAGGAGCGGCAGCGGCGUUAGCAGCAGCAGCAGCAGCAGCAGCAGCACCAGCCCAGACACAGCGGUGGCGGCCGCGGCAGCGGAUCUUCAUCAGCAGCAGCAGCCGCAGCAGCAGCCGCAGCAGGCGGUGGAGUUGCGCGCGGUGCACCCCAACGACCACGUAAACCGGGGCCAGUCCAGCAACGACACAUUCCCCACCGCCAUGCAUGUGGCGGUGGCGCUGCAGGUGCACCGCCACCUGCUGCCCGCGCUGGCAGGCCUGCAGGAGCGACUGGCUGCAAAGGCAGAUGAGUUUGCAGGCAUCAUCAAAAUCGGGCGAACACACACUCAGGACGCCACGCCGCUGACCCUGGGCCAGGAGUUCAGCGGCUAUGCAGCGCAGGUGAAGUACGGAAUGGAGCGUGUGCAGCAGGCCAUGCCGCGUGUGUACGAGCUGGCGCAGGGCGGCACAGCGGUGGGCACCGGACUAAACACCUUCCAGGGCUUUGCCGAGGCGGUGGCGGCGGUGCUGGCGCGCGACACCGGUCUGCCGCUGGUGACCGCCGCCAACAAGUUCGAGGCGCUGGCUGCUCAUGACGCGCUGGUGCACCUCAGCGGCGGCCUCAACACACUGACUGUGUCGCUGAUGAAGAUUGGCAACGACGUGCGGCUGCUGGGCAGUGGGCCGCGCUGCGGACUGGGCGAGCUACGACUGCCCGCCAACGAGCCGGGCAGCAGCAUCAUGCCGGGCAAGGUCAACCCGACACAAGUGGAGGCGCUCACAAUGGUGUGCGCUCAGGUGAUGGGCAACCACAUGGCGGUGACGGUGGCGGGCGCGGGCGGCCAGUUCGAGCUCAACACCUACAAGCCCCUGAUUGCGGCGGCGCUGCUGCGGAGCGUGGGGCUGCUGGCGGACGCGGCGUGGUCAUUCUCGGAGCACCUGGUGGCGGGGCUGGAGGCGGAUGGCCCGCGCAUCGCGGAGCACGUGCGGCGCUCGCUGAUGCUGGUCACUGUGCUCAACCCCAUCAUAGGCUACGAAGCCGCGGCCGCGGUGGCGAAGCGUGCCCACGCGGAGGGCAUCUCUCUGCGAGAGGCAGCGCUGGCGCUGGGGGUGGUGGGCAGCGCGGAUGAGUUCGACCGCCUGGUGCGGCCCGAGCUCAUGCUGCGGCCCUCAACUCUGUCCAGCGGUGCAGCAGAUGGGCAGCAGGGCGGCAGCAGCACCUGAUGACGUGGCUCCCAGCUUCAGGGACUGCUGCCAGCAGCACUGCAGCAGGGUGGCUUCCUGCUAGCUAGGCCGCCUGCUGUCGCAACGGCAGCUGGAUCGAUGGAGCUGUGUCUUCCUGCUUCUGCAAAUAAGCAAAGCUGGCUGCUAGACCUAGCGCAUUGCGGUUGUGGUUAGUUUCGUGCCUAGCUUGGACUCGUGGUUGAGUUGUGGUUAUGUGGCACAAUUGAUGUGAGUUGCUCGGUCGGGACGUACAGCCGCUGACGGACUGCUGAUGAACACAUGUUGCAUGCAUGGUUGUUGGUUGGAAGCAGGCGAACUGCUGGCCAGGCGCGUGCAUGCACACUCUGCACACGCGCACAUGCAUAGCUGGGCAUACAGCGCUCGGGCUUGAGACAUGUGUGCUGUACCGGCCUGUGUGUCGUAGUGCUGGCAAUCUCCAUGUACGUUGCUGAUUUGCCUGCUAGCAUCCGUCAUCGGUGGGCCGCGGGUGCUGUUGCUAUGGUCAAUACUGCUGACUGCGUACUGCUGUGGACAGCGAGCUUGCGUGCCUACGCGCGCUUGCUUGCGGUUGGUAGGGAAUGAAUGCUGCAGAGUUAGUUGCUGGGUUAUUCAUGGCUGCAAGCAAGUUGGCUAAGUUGGCACUUGGCAGCGCCUGCGUGCUGCUGUAGUACCCACCCCGGCUGCUGCGUCCCUUGUGUCUGUUGGAUAUGGGUUCUAGGGCCAGGCCUGGGGUCACGCACCUUCAGCCACCAGAGGUGCCUAGGCGUAAUAAUUUCAGGUUGCGUUGCACCCCAGCGUGAUGCUGUGGGCUCGGCCAGCUCAGCCCACUUUCGGUGCUUAUUCGUUCGUUCAACACCACGUGGUGGCGCGCGCGCCUUGCUUUCGAGACACGUUUCAGGUAGGGAAGAGCGUGCUGCGUGUUUAUUACUGUAGGACCGCCAGUGCUCGUACCUUGCAGAU